CAAACAUCGAACCAAGCUCAGCUCCCUCCAUAGAAACAAAUUCAACAAAGGAAAAUGAAGAAUUUCAGGCACUCUCCUCUGCCUCUCCUCUCCUUCAUCUUUCACCUAAUCCUCUCGAUCCCACCAAUCUCCUCCCAGAUGUGCCUCCGGGACUGUGGGGGGAUGCCCCUCCGGUACCCAUUUGGAAGCGGCCCGGGAUGCGGGGACCUGAGGUUCCAGCGAUACGUGACCUGCAAGGAUGGGAAGCUCACCCUGACCACCCACACUGGAUCCUACCCGAUCACAAACAUUGAUUAUUCCUCUCAAGUUGCUUACCUCUCCGACCCCUCAAUGUCCACCUGUGACUGCAGUCAGCCCAGCAAGGGCUUCAGCCUUGACUGGGACGCACCCUUCUCUUUCCAGGAUGAUAACAUUUUUGCCCUCCUCGACUGUUCGCUUGACUCCUCGCCCAUUUACCCACCGAAUGCUGAUGGUAACAAUAACUCUUCUGUGGUUCCAUUAUGUGAUACCAAGGGGCAGCCAAUCUGCAGCUUCCUUAACUCUUGUCGAGCGAUCAGCAUGCUUAACCUCCCUAUCUCGACCUGCUGUGUUUAUGCUCCUGUGGACCUUGGACCAUCAUAUGAGAUGGACUUACAGAAGCUGAAGUGCAGUUCAUAUUCGGGAUUCUAUAGCUUCAAUGGCCAGGAAGCAGACCCCGAGAAGUGGAAGUACGGGAUUGCAUUAAAGUAUAAGUUCAACGUGUAUAAUGAUUACCCCGGCUCAUGUUCGGCAUGUGAGAGAAGCAACGGUGUUUGCGGGUAUGGAGGAGCCUACAAUUCAUACAUCUGCGUGUGUCCUAAUGGGAUGAACACGACUUCGGACUGUUUCUUUGGCGCAUCCUGGAGCGGGGCCCAGAGGGGUCUGACAUGGCAUAAAGGAAUGUGGUUGGCUUAUUCCCUGGCAUGCAUUUUGGUACUGGUGAUGCUGUAGUCUGUGAAGAUCUGUAUUGGAUUGAUUGAAAAGUUGACUCCAGCGAAUCAUCCUCGGUGUUGGUGAAAUGUAGUGUGCUUAGAAAAAGUUCGACUUUUGGAUCCCUUGCUGUGGACAGAAUAACAGUCCAUGACAUAUCUCGGUUGCCAAGGAACUGAAUAAAGAAUCAGUAGUUUCAUGAUCUGCGGCAGUUCAAACUAAAAUGCAGUAAAUCAAUGCUGUGGUUAUAUAGCAGAAUAGUAUUCCAUAUAUCAUGGCAAUGUAUGUCUUUUUAACUUCUUCAAUAUCAUUCUUCAAUGAAAGACCGAAUAUUUAAUUCGUUUCUCA